AAUUUUCUCAUUUAAUUUUGACAAUUUAUGCACAAAUGCAUUACAUACAAGUGAUUUCACACAUAAAACCCCAAAAACAUUUGUAAAUGUUUCUGUUUCAUUGAUUUGUAGGAUUUAUUUCAUUUACACUGUCAACAUGGAAACCAAAGAUGUAGAUGCAAUAUUUACAUCAAAAACGGAGAAGACGUUCCAGUUUGACGAACAGCUGCCAAGUCUGCCUGUUCCUACUUUACAGCAUACACUAGAUAGAUACCUCGACUCUGUUAAACCACAUGUCAGUGAUGAUGAGUAUAGGCAAACAGAAUUCAUUGUGCAACAGUUUGCUUCUGGUGUAGGGAAAGAGCUCCAUAGGAAAUUGCUUGAUAAAGCCAGGACAGAGAAAAACUGGCUUGAAAAAUGGUGGAUAGAUUAUGCUUACCUGGAUUACAGGCUCCCUAUUGGCCCUAUGAUAAAUUUUAGCGGGCCACUGCCCACUAUAUAUCAUUAUUACAAAAUAGAAUACGAAACACAAGUUGAAAGGGCGGCCAUGCUGUGUCACUAUUAUUUCAAAUACUGGAAAUAUCUACGACUAGAACAAAUUAGACCAGAUAAGGACAGUAAAGGUAACAGGCUUUCAAUGAACCAGUUCAGACGUCUUUUCAACACAUGCAGAAUACCGGCACCACAAAGGGAUCAUCUCAAAACCUACUUUCAAACUGAAUCUGAAGGGCCGAUGCCUUUGCACCUGACAGUUUUUUGUCGUGGACGUAUAUUUAUUACGAAAUGUCUGGACGAGAAUGAGGUACCAUUAACACCUCCGGAACUACAACAACAAUUCCAGUAUAUCACCGAUAAAUGUGCGAAUGAGCCGGAGGGGCCAGGGUUAGGGGCUCUCACAGGGGACAAUAGAACAACGUGGGCACAGAUAAGAAGCCGUCUUGUGGCCUUACACCCACAGAACUUUACAAACCUGGAAAUCAUCCAACAAAGUAUAAUGUGUGUAGUGUUUGAUGACAACUGUCCUGCUAAUGAAACUGAGGUGUUCCAGUUAGGUUUAGCUGGUGAUUCUACAAACAGAUGGUUUGACAAAUCUUUGACCAUGAUUUUCUUUAAGAAUGGACUGGCUGCCUCAAACUGUGAUCACUCACCAAUGGAUGCCAUGACAUUGGUUACCACCACAUACUAUGUUGAUCAAUGUGUGUUGAAAUGUAAAGGGAAAUGGCAGGGAACAAAAGAAGUAAGGCAAUUAGAAACUCCACGGGAGCUUGUGUUUAAGCUAGAUGAUGUCAUUGAAAGAGGAAUCGUUCAAGCAAAACGGGUCUACAAUGAAAUUGCCAACAAUUUACAGAGUCAUGUUGUCAACUACAAUAAGUAUGGUAAGAAAUUUCUGCGCCAGUUCAAACUCCACCCAGACACACAUGUUCAAAUGAUGCUCCAAUAUGCCUUCUACAAACUGUAUAAGAAACCAGCUCCGACCUACCAGACUGGUACAACCAGGAAGUAUUAUAAUGCAAGAACGGAAACUGUACGAUCAUGUUCACCAGAGGCUAUAGAAUGGGCCAAAGCUAUGCUUAAUCCAGAUAUAAAUAACAGAACAAAAGUUGCAUUAUAUAGACAAGCAGCUGAUAAACACAACAAAUUAAUGGCAGAGGCUACAGAAAAUCAAGGUUGUGACCGACACUUGUUUGGCCUUCAAAUUCUGGCAGUUGAAGGAGGACUACCAAUGCCUCAGAUAUUUACAGAUCCAGCAUAUACCAAAAGUGGUAGUGGUGGGAAUUUUGUGUUGUCAACUAGUUUCGUUGGCUACACACCAGUGUAUGGUGGUGUGGUACCCAUGGUUGAACAUGGCUAUGGCACAUUCUAUAAGAUCGAGCAAGACUGUAUUUCAAUGUUUGUGUCGGCGUGGAAGUCUUGUAGUCAGACUAACGCUGUAGAGUUCGGCAAUAUGAUUCAAGAGUGUCUGAACGAGACCGGAGCCCUGCUUGCGGAAACAGAAAAACUAGCUAGGCUUUAAGGUAGCAGCUUCAAUGGUGGCUAUGUGCAAGUGUUCUGUUACUAAAUAUAGAACAUGUUCUGAUUCUAAAUUUAGAACAUGUGUAUGCAGUUUAUGCGAUAACUUUUUGUGAUACAAUUGCUAUGUAUAUACAUAUACAUGACCUGUUAUAAACAGAAAAGGAUUUUGGUAGUUUAG